GCUUAUUUUUCUUCUAAUAAUCUUUUUCACAUCAACCAGGGUUCCAAUAAAGUAGUAAUUAGGACAAUAAAAAAUGAAAUUCUUUGUCACAUUUAUAUGUCUAUUAGUCUUGGCCAAAGUCAAUGCGGAGGUAUACUUCAAAGACUAUUUCACAGACGCGGAUUGGGAAGCUCGGUGGAAAGAAUCUAAACACAAAUCUGAUUAUGGAAAAUGGAUUUUAACAGCAGGAAAAUUUUAUAAUGAUGAAGAACAGGAUAAAGGACUCAAAACUAGUGAAGAUGCCAAAUUCUAUGCAAUUUCUUCUAAAUUUGACAAAUUUUCCAAUGAGGAUAAAGAUCUCGUCAUUCAAUUCUCUGUCAAGCAUGAACAAAAUAUUGAUUGCGGAGGAGGAUAUAUCAAACUUUUCCCAUCUGCAUUACAGUCUGAAGAUAUGCAUGGAGAUUCACAAUAUAACAUUAUGUUUGGUCCUGAUAUUUGUGGGCCAGGUACUAAGAAAGUGCAUGUCAUCUUUCAUUACAAGGGAAAGAAUUUACUAAUUAAGAAAGAUAUCAGAUGUAAGGAUGAUGAAACUACACACGUUUACACCUUAAUUGUGAAACCAGACAAUACGUAUGAAGUUUUAAUUGACAAUGCAAAAGCACAAUCCGGAAGCCUGGAAACCGAAUGGGAUUUCUUGGAAGCAAAAGAAAUUAAAGAUCCUGAUCAAUCUAAACCUUCACAGGAAGAAUGGGACGAACGUGAGAAGAUCCCUGACCCAGAUGCAACAAAACCAGAGGAUUGGGACAAGCCCGAACACAUUGUUGAUCCUGAUGCCACAAAACCUGACGAUUGGGAUGAAGAUAUGGACGGCGAAUGGGAAGCUCCAAUGAUCGAUAACCCUGAUUAUAAGGGUGAAUGGGAAGCCCCAAUGAUCGAUAACCCAGACUACAAAGGAAAGUGGGUCCACCCUAUGAUUGCCAACCCCGCUUACGUUGCAGAUGAUAAGUUAUUGUAUGAAGAUAUCGGUGCUAUUGGUCUGGAUUUAUGGCAGGUCAAAUCCGGAACUAUUUUCGAUAAUUUCCUUAUCACUGAUGACAUUCAAACUGCAAAAGAUGAAUGCGAUAAAAUCAUGAAGGAGACUGUUGUUGGUGAAAAGAAAAUGAAAGAAGCGAAGGAGGAGGAAGAUAGAAAAACGGCAGAAGCCGAGAGUGAGGAUGAUGAUGAAUGAGGAGGUUCACAGGACGAAGGUUUGGAUGAACCAGAAGAUUUAGACGAACCGGAAGAUGAAUUAGAUCAAACGGAAGAUGAAGAAGAACAAGAUGAAGCGAAACAAGAAAAAGAUGAAUUGUAAUUUCUUCGCCACUGUUCAUCAAAUCAAUGAAAAGUUUUAUUUAUAUUUGACAAUUCCUAAUGUUCGCCCCUUAGCCAAUAAGCUGUCAAAAAAGUGCAACAAAUUUGACAGCAUUCUGCAGUAAUUAAAAUCUAUUCUGGGGCAGAGUUUGAAACGAUGGCCGAAUGAGAAUAUCUCCUUUGCAUUUUGGUAAUAAAAAUUUUCUAGAAUUCUGCUAAAUCAUAUUAGUUCAUAAAUUGUACUCAAUUGAGAAUACUAAAUUGAGAAAUUUUGAUUUUCCGAUUAUGAAUUUCAAAAAGAUGUUGGGAGACUAGUUUGAGAUGGCCUUAAUAGAAUCAUUGCUCUUUACAUUAAAUUACUGAUAGUUGCAAAUUUUUUUAAUAUUCCCGAAGCGAUAUUGAUCUGACUAUGGAAAAGUUCAAAUGCCAUAGUGAUUUCUUUAUAAAUUUGUAUUCUCAGAUAGGAUGGUCUUAGUUUGCCAUAAUGAAGCAUCAUGCAUUUUUGGUUGGUUCCAUUAAAAUCUUGUUUUUUACACCUGCUUGUCAGUUUUACAUUUUUUUUGCUGGAAGCUUUUGUCUCUUUAAGAAAAAUAAUGCAGUACGCAUGGCCGGAAAACCAGCUAGUGAAGCAAUUUGUGUGUUUGUUAUAGUAUAUUACCUGUAAUUCAUUUCUUUAAGGCAUUAUUUUGAAAUUCCAUUUCUUCAGUGGCGUGAAGGCUUUUUUGUUCACUUCCAAAUACCAAUGUAGUUCUAAUAUCUAGUUCUAAAUAUCUAGCUUACGUCUGCAACUCCAUUCAAUACGUUUUUGUUUAUUGGGAGUGAGAGCCUUCGACAUUGCCUGCUUUGUGGAUUUUGAGUAAAUCGUCUUAAGUUCGUAUUUAGAAACAUUUUACUCACCGCCUUGUGAUGGAUUUUUGCGUGAGCCACUAUAAAAUUAGGAUUGUGCUCUUGACUAUUUAGUGGUAAUAGAUUUUUUUUUAUGAAUGUUAAAACAAUAUUCUUCAUCUGUUUCGAAUUUCGCCUUAGUAUGUCUAUAAUCCAGGGCAAUUUGGCAAUACCUUUUGUGAUUGGAUCCAGUCCAUUAAAAUACAA